GGAGCAGGAGAGCAGCCUCGCAGCCAAGCAGCCUGCCGCCAUGCCGUAUAUUGAGGACGAUCUGCUUCACCCUAAUCCAGCUGCCGAGAAGCGUAAACACAAGCUCAAGAGGCUUGUACCAACUCCUAACAGCUUUUUCAUGGAUGUGAAGUGUCCGGGAUGCUUUAACAUUACCACUGUAUUCAGCCAUGCUCAGUCUGUGGUUUUGUGCGGAAAUUGCAAUCAGGUUUUGUGUCAGCCUACUGGCGGAAAGGCACGUCUUAUGGAGGGUUGCUCAUUUAGGAAGAAAGUCGAGUAAUCAUUUGUAGAUGAUAUAAAGCAUGCGUGAAAUGGUUGCAAAA